AUGAUUCGGUGGCUGACGAAAAUCUGGGGAACCCUGAUCAUCUGUCACAGGCCAGCCAUGGCUGAUGUCCAAUGUAUGAAAGUGUCUAGCCCGACUGGGCUGUCUGGCGAACGCCACAAGUGUGUGCUCGGAAAUUUGAGCGAAUGCUGCACCAAGGUAGACCAAUUUGUGCUCUGUCCAACACACCAGCCAGCACCGUGUAUCGUUAGGGACGGCUGCUCUCCACAUAAAUACCUCCUUGGCCCACCAUCGCGUAUUGCCUGGAUAUUGACCCAGCCAGUGGCCAGGCGUGGCCAGGUGGCAACACUCCAUGCGGUGGAUUUUUACUGGCAUUCUGGCAUCAGCGCAGGGGCACAGCGGCUGUUUCCAGUCGUGGGGACGGGAAGAGACGAGGCUCCGCCAAACAGACAGGGCCAAGGGUCGGCCCAAGCGCCAUCAAUCGGGAGGAGUGUUUCCACGUUAGCCAGAACACCAGACUGGCAUUAG